CGACACUACCAACUUCCAGAUACCCCUUGAUCCUAAUAAUCCCCAUCACCAAGUAAUCACCCGGAACAAUGCCUACGAAAUUAUUCGCGAACUCGACGGUGAUGGACCUAGUUGAUUUUGACCAGAAGAGUUUGCUAGUUGCGGCGGGAUCAAUUGCUUUUAAUCCUAUUUUCUGGAAUGUCGUCGCUCGACAAGAAUACCACAACAAGGUUCUGACCAAACUCUUCGGAGGCAAUUCCCGCUAUGGCUGUUACUUCCUCGCCGCGGUGAUCUUCGGAAUCGGGAUCUUUAGAGACUUCCUCUACGAGCAGGCGUUGCGGCAGCAACCAUCGUUGGAUGUUCUCCAGACCGAUGCCGUGAAGCUUGCGGCGCUGGCGCUGUUCUUUUGUGGGAACGUGCUGGUUUUGACGUCCAUGUGGGCGUUGGGGUUUACGGGGACUUAUCUUGGUGACUACUUCGGCAUCCUGAUGGACCACCGUGUAACCAGCUUUCCUUUCAACGUUACUGAUGCGCCGAUGUACUAUGGGUCUACCAUGGCGUUUUUGGGAAGUGCCCUUUGGUUCGCAAAACCAGCCGGUAUCCUUCUAACCAUCGAAGUAUUCAUCGUUUAUAAAAUGGCUCUCAUGUUUGAGGAUCCAUUCACCGGCGCAAUCUAUGCCAAGCGCGAACGCGAGAGAGCGAAGAAAUCGACCUGAUUCCUCCGUUCUUUCGAUCGGAGUCAAGUGAGCCGGAGGCUUCGUAGUGGGAGAAGGGCAGCACAAGUAGGAGGUGAGGGUCUACUACGAUAGGUUGGUGGUGUGUUCGGAGUUUGGGCGCGCUUCUUAACAUUUGUCCCGAACGGGGGUUUUUUUUUCUGGUGGAGGAGGAGGGAGAAUUCAACUCUCCCAGUUCUUUUAUUAUUUAUUAUUAUAUCUGCAGGGAUGAAGUAAAAAGUAAAGUAUGGGUUAUGU